CCUCCUCCUCCCCUCCCCUCUCGGCCACAGUCGUGGGUUCUUCCAUAGUACAAAGAAGAAGAUGUAUUCGAGAAUCAAAACAAGAGCGACUUGCUUCUCAGAUCAAACCCAUUCACAAGAAAGUUCCAGUAUCAUUCAAAACGGAAAGCCCAUCUGCGAAUGCCUUGUCAUCCUUCAAUAUAUUGAUGAGGUUGGAAGCACAGAUACCUGCCUUCUCUUUGAUGAUGCUCACAACCGAGCCAAAUUAAAGCAAGAUUCUGGAUUGAUUUCUUUGACAAAAAGGAAGAUGUGGGCUAGCAAGGGAGAAGAGCAAGAGGGUGGAAAGGAGGAUUUCACAGAGUGCGUGAGACUUUUAGAAAAUGAACUUGGAGACAACAUUUAUUUUCACUACUACAGAAAAAGGCUUUGGCAAGUUUGA